AUUUGUAAUACCUUUUAUAAAUGUAUUAUGAGAUCAUGGAUAAAUAUGGAUAAAAUAUUUACAGAUCGAUUCAAGUUAACAAAAAAGAAAAUUUUUCCGAAUCAGCAUCUGCUGAAUGUGGUAUGUGCAAUGUCAAGAAGCUUAAUGAUCCAACUAAUAGUUGCAGUCAUCGUGGUAUAGACGAGUUGGGUUAUAUAUUACCGAAUGAAGAAGACGUUGUGGGUACAAAUAACCAAUGUGAAGGGAGUGGAGUAAGCAAUUUAUCACAACCUGAUCUCCCACUUCAAAAAUAUUCUCUUCGUUCUCGAAAAAGCGAUACACCUAAUAUUUAUUCUUCAGUAAUUCAAAGGCCGACCAUUGAUAUUUGGGAUAGCAAUGAAUCGAUUUGUAUUAGUUCGGCAUCUUUACAAAAAUCAAAGCAUCCAAUUAAUUCUUCUGAUACUUCUGAGCAACUUAAUCGUUUUAAACAUACAUUUGAGCAUGAUAGAUUAUUAGUAGACGUACACAGUGAAUCGAAAUUUAAGUGUAUAAAAUCAGAUUCUACUGACAAUAAUUAUAAACGGACGAAAACUUAUUAUGUUUUUAAAUUGUGGCCUUGGACUUAUAUUAAAGUUAGUACGGACAGAUUGAAACUUUUAGCUCUAUUGGAUAGGAAUCUAUCUUUUACGGAGACAAUACUGUCCAUAAUUAUUGGAAGUUUGGUUGGAAUCUUUGGCGCUAUUAUGUUGUAUAAAGGAUUUUAUAGGGAUUUGUUGGCCUUUUUGCUCUGUUUUGUGAUCGCAAGCUGUCAGUACUCCUUAAUAAAAAGUGUUCAGCCGGAUGCUGCUUCUCCUACUCACGGUUUUAAUAGGAUUAUAGCCUAUUCCAGACCUAUUUAUUUUUGCCUUUUUUCUUUUAUAGUUAUAAUUAUGGAUUCAUAUCUUUUAAAGGAAACAAAGGAGCUUAGAUAUAAUAGUUCUUUUAAUUUUUCAAACCAGCAACUUCUUUUGCUAUCUUGUGAUUUUAUAAUUAAUUUUAUUUUAGUUUUUCCACUACUUUUUUCUUUAGGUUUGUUUCCACAAAUUAAUACAUUUCUAAUGUAUCUUCUUGAACAAAUUGAUAUGCACUUGUUUGGCGGAAAUGCAAUGUCGAGUUUAUUAGCAUCAUUCUAUUGCAUUUUUCGUUCGUGUUUAGCUACAAUAAUACUUGGAGGCAUUGCUUACUGUGGCUUAAGUGAGAGUAAAGGAGCGCAACACAUUUCAUUCUCUGUGUGUUGCGCAUCUUUGGUAUCCUCUUCAUAUCAUCUCAGUAGAAGUACAAGUGAUCCAAUUUUUAUUUGGAAGAUGCUGAAGAAUUACUUGUGGCUACCUGAUGUCUAUAAAGAACAAGAACGAAAAAGUCAAAGGAGCCCCACUAAAAAGAAAUAUGAAGAAAAAAGUAUUGUUAAUGAGAAAUCCGAGAAGACUAAUUACAAGCAAGAUUUCGCAGUUCCAGAAACCAAAAUUAAGACUGUAAAGUUUCCUGAUAACCAGGAAAAAUAUCCUGAAAACGAUAAUGCCGAUUAUUUGCCUUCCAAACUUCAAAAAAUUAAUAAAGCCCGUCUAAAACAUGAUAUUAUUAUCUGUAGUUUGAUCGGAGCUUUAGUUUUUUCGAUUCAUGCCAGCACUGUUUUCACGGUUUUACAACCGGAACUCAGUCCGGUUUUAUGGUCUAUAGGUGCCACCUUGGGGUUUCUUCUACAUUAUAUUGUCCCCCAGUCACGAAAACAAUUGCCUUGGUUAUGUAUAGCCAGACCAAUUCUUAGAUCCUUAGAACAUGAACAGUAUCAAGUUAAGGGACCCGCUAAAGUGAUGUGGUUUGAGAGGAUUUACGUCUAUUUCUCUUUUUUGGAGAGAAAUAUUCUUUACCCUCUAUUGUUUCUUUCCGUGUUGACCGAAGAUUCGCCUCGUAUAGUAACCAAAUAUGGAACUCUUAGAGGCUCCUUUAUUGUUGUGAUAUGUGGAAUAAAGUGCCUAAGAAGCAGUUAUUCAAACCAAAGUUCGCAAUAUUUGAUUCUAGUCUUUUCAGCUUUAUGUUUUAAAUAUGAUUACAGAAAUAUGGAUGAAACGUUUUUGGUUAUAUAUUUUUUUAUGAUUACUGUUUUCAAUAAGAUGUACGAAUUAUUGUUAAAGAUUCAAUUUGUUGUCACAUAUAUAGCACCCUGGCAGAUCACUUGGGGAUCAGCUUUCCAUGCUUUUGCUCAACCUUUUUCUGUACCUCACUCAGCGAUGCUAUUUCUUCAAGCUUUAUUGACUUCAUGUCUUUCGAUGCCACUUAAUCCUUUCCUGGGUAGUGUUAUUUUUAUAAUGUCCUAUGUGCGACCCAUUAAAUUUUGGGAAAGAGAUUACAAUACAAGAAGAGUUGAUCACUCAAAUACACCUCUAUCAUCCCACCUUGACCGAAACUUUGGGGCUGACGAUAAUAACCUCAACUCUUUAUUUUAUGAACAUCUCACCAGAUCUCUACAACAUUCCUUAUGUGGCGACCUUAAAAUGGGUAGAUGGGGUGUUGUGAAUCAGGGAGAUUGUUUUGUUUUGGCUUCCGAUUAUUUAAAUUGCCUUGUCCAUAUUAUUGAGAUGGGAAAUGAUAUUAUGACAUUUCAAAUGAGAGGUUUGGAAUUUAGAGGUACAUACUGUCAACAGAGAGAGGUUGAAGCAAUUACAGAAGGAGUAGAAGAGAAUGAUGGUUGCUGUUGCUGUGAAACUGGCCAUUUGCCUAACAUACUUAGCAUAAAUGCAGCUUUUAAUCAAAGAUGGUUAGCAUGGGAAGUAUUGGCUGCUAAAUACAUUUUGGAAGGGUACAGCAUUUCUGAUAAUAGUGCAGCAUCCAUGUUACAAGUAUUUGAAUUUCGAAAAGUACUGGUGUCUUACUAUGUUAAGAGUAUAAUAUUUUAUUUGUUACGAUCUUCAAAAUUAGAAGAGUGGUUAUUCAAUCCAACUAUUUCAAAAGCUUUAUCGCCCAUGGAGAACAAGACUUUCGUAGAUUUGGAUCCUAUUUUUAAUUAUAAUAUUGACGAAGAUUUUGAUUUGACUAAUUCUGGAAUCACACGCAAUAGUUUUAUGAAUAUACAUGGAGACUGGAUAAAGUAUUGUGUUGAAAGAUCUGGAAAGAAUAUUGAGACUGGGUUAAACUCUCCAUUGAUUCUCUUGUGCUUUGCGCUGAGUUUACUAGCAAGGAGAACUUUGGGGGCCGUUUCACAUAAUACUGUUUCUGGAGUUGAAUAUUUUCUUUACGGUCUUCAUGCUCUCUUCAAGGGAGACUUUCGAAUAUCGUGUGCUAGGGAUGAGUGGAUUUUUACAGAUAUGGAUCUAUUAAAAUGCGUUGUUGCUCCAGGUAUUAAAAUGUCUCUAAAAUUACAUCAAGAUCACUUCAUGUCUCCCGAAGAGUAUGAAGAACUUCCCACAUUAUAUGAUGCUAUAUGUAAACAUGAAGAUGAGUUGGUAAUAUCACAUGAAGGAGAUCCAGCUUGGAGACAAGGAGUUUUGAGUGGUGCGCCUAGUUUAUUAGCUUUAAGACAUGUAUUAGAUGAAGGCAACGACGAAUAUAAAAUAAUUAUGUUGAAUAAACGAUAUCUGAGUUUUCGUGUUAUUAAACUCAAUAAAGAAUGUGUUCGAGGUUUAUGGGCUGGCCAGCAACAAGAACUAGUUUAUUUCAGAAACAGAAAUCCGGAGCGAGGAAGUAUACAAAAUGCCAAACAGGCACUUAGGAAUAUUAUAAAUUCGUCCUGUGAUCAACCAAUUGGUUACCCCAUUUAUGUUUCACCUUUAACAACAAGUUAUGCAGAAACUAACGAACAGUAUGCUAGUCUUGUAGGAGGACCUGUUAGCUUAAAGAAAAUCAAGAACUAUUUUUUUAAUACUUUUAGGAGGGUCAUGAGAAAGACAAAAUAAAGCAUUGAAACGUCAGCCAGAAAAAUAGUAGUUUUAUACGUCAAACACAUGUUACCAACAUUACUAUUCUACAAGUUCUGGAUAACAUCUAUAAAAAGACGAGAGAUACAUAUGAACAUUUAUAGUAAAUGGCAUGAAAAUAAAAUAAAACUUACAUACUAAAGAACAUUAUAAUUUUCCAACUAGCAGCGAAAAGUAUCCUUCUUUCAUUUAUUUUCUAUAAACAUAAAAUAAUACAUUUUAAAUUGUUUUUUUUAGCUUAUAUUCAGUAUAAUAAAUUAAAAUCAGGAAAUAAAAUGCAGUAAUGAAAUGUGGGAAGAAUGCUGUCAGAGUUGCCAUAAGCAAUAUCUUUGAAAGAAGUAUUCCCUUCAUCGUAUGAAUUGUCAUCAAAUGUUUAAAAUACAUAAUUGUUGCUUAAGAUAACGACUGAUUCACAAAAAAUGUUUAUCAAGUAAGCUGUGACUGAAAAAGACAGAUACGAGUCGCAUCCUUGAUUACUACGAACGCCUGUGUGUUAAAUCCAAAGUGUCUCAUUUAAAAAUUAAAAAAUUGUACGCUCUGACAUAUGUGAUUUUUGUCACGGCCUACUUUUGAAAUAUUGUUUGUGAAUCACUCCAUAUUUUAUACUUAAGAUUAUUUAUCACUGCGAUAAAUUACUAGUGAUGGUUCUUUUUCGGUGGACAUGUCUAUGACAUGCCCGGACAAGUAGUGAAAAGUACUCGACCUCAUAAAAUUUUUAUAUGAAGAUGCAAGUUAGUCAGAUAAACAAGGAUUAUUUUGGUUUUAUAUGUUGUAUAAUAAGUCCAUAUUUAGUUAUAUAUUUAUUUUGUGGACUAGUUUAUGCCCUAAUGAUUUUAAAAUUGGUAUGUUAAAUAUAAAAUAUUAAUUUUAUUUGUAUAGCUAUGUAUAAAAACUUUAAAUUUGUGAUACUUUUUAAAACUGUACAGUAAAUAAUAUUAUUUAAAU